UAGCGCCCUCUGUUUUUUCUCUCCUAUUUUUAGCAAGAUCAACGUAAUCGGUGACUCGAGUCAAACAUAUCCAAGUAUUAAAAUGACUACAAACACCAAAAACAAUAAAGCUAAUUUCAAUAACAUAGUUGGAUGCCUGGUGCGAGGAAUAGCAGAUAGCUGCGGAGAGGAAGCUCUACGUACAGAUCAUGGUUCUGUCGUAGAUAUGAAUAAAGCAUGCAUCCAAUACGAGGAGUAUGUGAAUGCAAUGAAGUCACUCAAUUUGGAAUUGUACGAGGUUCCCGUUGACCACAAACUACCGGAUUGCUGUUUUAUUGAGGAUACUGCCGUGAUUCAUGGGGGAGUGGCAUUUAUAUGUCGGCCUUCCUUUGCCAGUCGUAGACCAGAGGUAAAUGAUGUUAUUAAGGCACUUCCUGCUUUAAACCUGAAGAUUGUGCAGAUGGAUGAUGAUGAUGCUACAAUAGAAGGAGGAGAUGUUCUCUUUACUGGAAGAGAAUUCUUUGUUGGUGUGACAUCAAGGACCAACAUGGCUGGCAUUAAACAGCUGAACAAGGCAUUCCCAGACUAUCAGGUAACACCUAUAGAGAUGAACAGCGAGUAUCUUCAUCUGAAGUCUGUAAUGUCUAUGGCAGGACCAGAUGUGGUAGCUAUUGGCAGUAGUCAACAUGCACUUGAUGCUAAGAAGCAAAUGAUGGAGAAGGCCGUUCACGAGUAUCGUUACGUCACUCUACCAGACGACAGCGCUGCUAACUGUUUAUACGUCAAUGGUACCUUGAUACACUGCACUGAAGAAGAAUACCCAGCUAGUUAUAAAGUUUACCAAGAACAGUUUCCAGAUUGUCCAAAGAUUUCACUGCCCAAUUCUGAGUUUGGUAAAGUUGAUGGAGCAUUUACUUGCCGAUCUAUCUUCAUUGAGAAGAUGGACCAAUAAGGGUUUGCAUUUAAACGGCAAAAACAGUAUAGACCUAUGGAUGUGGUAUAAGUUCAUCGUGAAUUAUGAAAUUCAUUUAAUUGGGAUCAGUAAAUGACUACCCGAUGAUCGUAGAUAAAGCACCAGCAGAUAUAGGGUUCAACCAAUAAAAGAUUUACUAUACCUUUUUUAUAUAAUACUUUACGGUAUACAGUAAAACUUGCCUAAGUAGACUUUACCCAAUUCAAAAAAUUUCUAAGUCGUUCCUAUUUUUAUGCCAAAUUGUUGUUUUUUGCAUUAAUGAAUGAUCUGGAAGUCAAAUUUUAUUCAAAUCAAACAAUUUUCCAGUGAAACUUUAGAUUCGACUUUAGGCUAGUUCAACUGAUUUCUACAUAACUGAUAAAGUAUUCCUUUCCUAAAUUAAUGUAGAUACACUACCUAAUGAAUGAGAUAUGAUUAAAUAAGUUGAGCAUUACACAAGAUUACGAAAUUGGUGAAGUGGCAUGCUUUUGAUUUCAGUACUGUACACUACUUUAGUUUUAUUCUCUCUAGUACAGAACCAGUUUAGCCCAUGGCAGCUUUUGAACUAAAAACUAUUAAAAAUUCAUAAAAUAUUCAGGUUUUCUGGAGGAUUUAUAACCAGUUUUAUAGUUUUUGGAAUAAUUUUGAAUCCUGUGAAUUUCUUCACCUUUUCCCAAACAAACACACAAGAUUUUAGUCAAUAAUUGAACAUUUUAAUGAACUUUCAGGGCUCCAAUCUAUGAUUCUUCUAGCCGUACUGUAUUCAAAUGCACAAAACAGUUGUUGAAUGUACAAUGUUUCAUUGCUCUUUCUCACUGAAAACUUAUUGCACAGCAACAUUUCAUUACGUACAUGCCCCAAUACAGUUGUAUCAUAAUACUGAUAUCAUACCGAUACAUCAGUACAGAGUAAUAUAUUUUUUGACAUAAAAUGUAUGCUGCUGUCAGGUUGAAUCCAUUAUAUGAGGAAGGGCUAUGUGUAAGUGAAGGGAUAGUUAUAUACACAUUGUUCAAAUGACAGUACUUCGAGUUCUUGACAUCAAGGCGCAGUAUAACAAGGGCAUUAUUAAAGUGCAUACAGAGUUACA